UCAACAUUUAAUUUACCUCUAAUCCAUACCAUAUAAACAAAAAAGAAAAGCUCCAGAUUCCUCAAAACUUCUUCUCAUCUCAUGGGAAACAAGAGUGGGGAUUCUUGGUUGAAUGCAGUCAAGAAGGCCUUCAGAUCUCCCACCAACGAAGAUGAGAAGAAGAAGAAGAGAAGCAGCAGAAGAAGAACGGAAGAUGAAGAAAAAAAGAGUGGAAAGAAGAGAUGGAUAUUUGGCAGACAUUUAUCUGCGGAGAAGACGAUUCAGCACAACGCUGCGAAUUCAUCGGCAGUUAGCGGAGAAGAGAAUUUGGUGAGGAAGCAUCCCAAAAUGGAGGGCGAGGGCGAGCACAAACAUGCAUUGGCGGUGGCUAUGGAGAUCAUCCGGCUCACUAGGCCGGCCCUUUUGCUCAAACAAGACAAGGCCGCUCUCUUCAUUCAGAAAAUUUUCCGAGGAUACCUGGCAAGGAGAGCUCUAAUGGCCUUAAGAGGCGUGGUGAAGCUGCAGGCAGUAAUAAGGGGUCACAAUGUCCGAAAACGUGCGAAAAUGACUCUCCAAUGCAUCCAAUCUCUCGUUCGGGUACAAUCCAUAGUUUGUGACCAGCGCCGGAGGCUGUCCUGCGAAGCCGCAACCUUAGACUCAAAGUUCACGCAGUCGUAUCGAGUUUCGAAUCCCUCGGAUGUCGGUCCCACCGAGCUUGAGAAAAUCCAUGCUUUGAUACACAAGGCAAAACAAUGCUCACUCAAACAGAGCAACACGCUAGCUAAUGCAUUGUCUAAGCAGAUUUGGGCGACUGAGGAUGAAGAUUCAAGCAGGAAUACAGGAUAUAGUUGGAUGAGGAAAGAUAGGAAUCUAUGCAAUCAAAGAGAUCCAAUCAAGACCAUUGAAGUAGAUUACAUGUUCAAUGUGAAGCGCCUUAAUAUCGGUCUUCAAUCUCCGAGAACUCCCAAGACGAGGCCCAUCCCGUGUUACCAGCAAGAUGCAGCUGAGUCGCCUUGCUCGCGAAGGAUGAGCAUGAGCGACAGGUCUUGCCCUUUGCCUCGACCAAACUAUAUGGCGGCCACCGCAUCAGCUAUAGCGCGUGUUAGGCCAAACAGCGCGCCAAGGUACAGGCAGUCGAGCCCGAGUAGAGAGGUGGCUAAGAAGCGCCUCUACUUCCAUGACCAUGAUUUUGAGGAUCAAUCCAACUACCAAAGAUGCAGAGAUAAGCCUUGCUACGCCACAGAUUGACAUGCAAGAAGGGAUAAUGUGCCUAAUUUUCUAUGACAUUCGUAGAUGAAUGCGCACAGUUUUAACUGUAAUAAGCUCAGCAAGCAAUCUUCGAUGUUCCUUCAACAACUUAUGUCUGAUCUUGAAGUUCCUCUGACCUAUUUUUCCUCUGUUUUUCUGUGUUAGGGUAUUUGACUCUUUUUUGGGACAAUGCUGAAAUGUCUUAGAAUACUGGUCCCCUUAGGAUGUCUCGACAGCAAAAGACUAUAAUGUCAAAGAGAACACAAGAGACAUUAGAGAUAUUGGGAGCUUUUA